GUGCUGAACGUGGCGUUGCUGAGCGUCAAAAGGAUAAAAAGGCACGGGGUGGUUGCUUCGUCUCCCACACCAUAUUCUGUCACAGUGCGGAUUGGAGUCCAUGAGCUCAAUCAAAGUUGACCAGCCCGUGGAAUACUGCAUCUUUCAAUCAACUGAUAUAAGGAAAAUAAUCCAGGCAGGAACCACUAUGGAAACCAUGAACGAGUUGAUACCUUUCGCUAGAGAAAUGCUGAGCCAAAAGCCCAACAGGAAAAUGGUGAAACUUUACGUGGUGGGCUCGGUGCUGGCUUUCUUUGGGGUGGUCAUUGGACUAGUAGAGACCGUCUGCUCCCCGUUGGUAUCCGGGGAGGACGAGAAGCAGCCGCUGGAUGGCGCUCUUCCCAGAAAGCUGAGCAAAGAGGAGAAGAAGCUGCAAGCAGCGCAAAGGCAGCAAGUGAGGACUGGCUCGUACAGGAAGCAUGCCUCCUGAAUCUGGGGGCAAAUGGGGACUGGGGUGCAGUGCAGCCUUCAGUGACUGAGAUUCAUUAUUUGCUGCAAACUCAAACCGAGGCAGUUUCGGUAAUGAGCUCGCAGAUUUAGCCAUUUGCUGUUGUGCAGCAGUGUUUCUGCGUUUAUAUCAUUCUGGUAUCUGUGAAUGGUGUGCUUUUAAAAAUAAAUACAUACUGUUGUGCAGUGUUUCAUUUGUGCACUUCUGCAUUCAAUAAACUGAUUUUUUUGUAAAUCAAA